CAUGACUCCUCCGCCAGUGCGCUUUCUCGCUUUCUGCUCGCUCAUGUUAGCCGAGUAACCUUCGCGGAGCUUUCCCUCGGCCUGCCAUGGGACGCGCCGUCGCGUUCGCCGCAGCUUGCGGGGCUGCUGCCCUCCGGCUCCGCUGGCUGCCUGCCCUCUUCUUGCUUCUCCUCCCGGGCCAGAAGGGAGACCUCUCCACUACCAUAGCGGCCCAGGACGCCUUCAGUUACCAGGCUCUAUGCAAUUAUACAUGGGAAGCUGUUGAUCCUGAUAGAGUGCAUUAUAAAAUAAAUCCCUGUGGUGGUGCAGGAAAUUGUACAGGAUCCAGUGCCAUUUGUGCCUAUGACCUAAAACAACAUUUCUCUUUCUCAGUAGGGGAAUCCUCUCAGAUAAGAAGGUCAAAUUUACUUUUGGAAUUCAACACUACACAAACUUGUUCUAAGGGAAGUCAACACACAUGGCAAAGUAACAUCAAUUUCUAUUGUGGGAAGACUUUGGGUUCCCCAGAAUUUGUGACUUCAUUUGAGUGUGUUCAUUAUUUUGAAUGGAGAACAUUCCUUGCAUGCAAGAAGGACUUAUUUACAUCAGCUGAAGAGGUACCUUGCUACAUAUUUGAUGAAAACCUAAAGAAACGUGAUUUAAAUCCAUUGAUUAAGACUUCUGGUGGAUACUUGAUAGAAGACUCAGAUGAUGAUUCACAGUUAUACAUCAACAUCUGUAGAAACAUAGGAAGGUCAUCAGGUGAAACUCGCAGUUGUCCAGAGCACAGUGCAGCUUGCUUGGUGAAGGAUGGUCAUGCAUUUGAUCUGGGCCAUACCAAAGAAUUACUAAAACGGCUUGAUAAAGACAGGUUUCAGCUGAGAUACAGCAAUGUAAAAGAGAGACCAGACUUUUGUGGUAGCCAUGAUCCAGCAGUUACAAUUACUUUUGUAUGUCCAGAGGGAAGGCGAAGAGAGGAUACAAAUCCUACGCUCACUGCUCAAAGCAAUUGCCGCUAUGAGAUUGAAUGGGUUACUGAGUCUGCUUGUGCCAGGGACUACCUGGAGAGUCAUAAUUGUACUCUGAGCAGUGAACAACAUGGUAUUUAUGUGGAUCUGACACCUCUUACGCAAUCUCCAGGUGAUGUGUCAUAUCUUGCAAAAGAUAAAGAGUAUAACUAUUAUCUGAACGUAUGUGGGAAAGUAGCUGGCGGUGUUUGUAAAGAUAAGGAUGUGUCUUCAUGCCAAGUUAAAUCUGAGAAAAGUCAGCAGAAAGCGGCAGGAAGAUUUACCAAUCAAACUCUCAGGUAUGCUGAUGGAGAUCUUAUUCUGACAUAUCCAGGAGGAGAUAGUUGUAGCUCGGGUUUUCAGAGAAUGACGGUCAUAAAUUUUGAAUGCAAUCAAACUGCAGAUAAUAAUGGCAAAGGACAUCCAGAAUUUAAUGGUGAAACAGACUGUUCAUAUUUUUUCACCUGGCAAACCAAAUAUGCUUGUGUCGGUGAAAAAGAAGGUUUGCCAUGCAUGGUUUCAGACAAGAAGAAAAAAUAUGACUUGACACGACUGAUUCGUCAUUCUGAAUCAGAGGAGAAUUGGGAAGCUGUAGAUAUCAAUCCCGUUGAUGCAAAAAAGAAACGUUUCUUCAUAAAUGUCUGUCACAAGGUACUCCAGAAAGGAGAAGCCAUGUACUGUGCCAAAGAUGCAUCAGUUUGCUCUGUUGAUAAAAACAAUAAUACAAGAAAUCUUGGGACUUUCAUGUCUCCGCCCAAAAAGGUUGGAGAAAAUAUUGAGCUUCACUAUUCAGAUGGAGACGAAUGUGCACCCAAUAAAAAAAUAGAAACAAGUAUAAUCCUUAUAUGUAAACCAGGUGAUCUGGAAAGUGCUCCUGUUUUGAUUAAUUAUGGAUACAAUGGAUGCUUUUUUGAGUUUGAAUGGCAUACUGCUGCCGCCUGUGUCCUGUCUAAAACAAAAGGAGACCACUGCAAAGUUUCAGAUCUUCAAGCUGGAGUUUCCUUCGACUUAUCGCCACUGAUGAAUGAAUCUUUCUCAAUAAACACAAGUGACUAUACCUUUCACAUUAGUAUUUGUGGCUCUUUGUCAAAUAAGUAUUGUGAGUCAGAGUCUGCAGUUUGUCAAGUAAAGAAAAAUGGCCAGGGUUCUUGGAAUCUUGGGAUGCCCAGUUCUCAGCUGUCCUAUUAUGAUGGAAUUAUUCAGCUAAACUAUCAGAAUGGCACACCCUACAACAAUGUGGAGCAUACAAGACGGUCUACCCAUAUAACGUUCCUGUGCGAUCGUGAUGCAAACAAGAGUGUACUGGAGUAUCAGAAGGAAGACAAUUUCACAUAUAACUUCAAGUUGUAUACUCAGUAUGCUUGCCCAGAAAUACCCACAGAAUGUGUUGUAACAGAUCCUCAAACCAUGAAGCAAUAUGAUCUGUCAAGUUUAUCAUUAUUUGGCAAUGUAAAAGAAAAUUGGUUUGCAAUGGACAACUCUGGAGAGACUGUUCACAAAAAAUACUACAUAAAUGUCUGCCGACCUUUGAGCCCCAUCCCAGGAUGUGACAGAAGAGCAUCCAUCUGUGAAAUGACAUUCAAAAGGGGCGAGAGUGCUGGGUCUUCUAAAAUUUCCAAUAGUAACCUUGGGAUUGCCUGGAAAAGUCCAAUUUUUGAAGGACCUGGUAGAAUCCUCCUAAAUUAUACUGGUGGCUCACUAUGCAUAAGGGCAGAUGAUGAGAAGUCAGAACCUUUCUCAAGCCUCAUCCAUCUUAUUUGUGCCAAGGGCCUUCUUAAUAGCAGCCCAAGAUUUGUAGAGAUGAAAGAUUGUGUUGCAACUUUUCUGUGGGAAACUGAAGCUGCCUGUCCAGUCACCACUACACAAGGCGAGUCUCAGAGCUGCUCUGUAAAAGACCCAAACACUGGAUUUCUAUAUAACCUGGAACCAUUAGCUUUGGAAAAAGCAUACGUUGUCGAAGGAAUUAAAAAGAGCUACAUGGUAAGUAUCUGUAGACCAGCCAAGGAAUGUGGGCCUAUUCAUGGUACUGAAGUUGAUGAUUCAAUUGGUGGAUGUGAAACAGAAGAUCUGGAACACAUUCGCUUGGUGAAAUUGAACAAAACUCUUCAAUUGUCUACAGAAGGAUAUCUGUCACUUACUUAUACAGGGCCCAAUGACAGUUUCAUCAUCACUUUUACUUGUAAUCGGUCCUAUCCUGGAGAACUCAAAUUUGUACAUGAAGAAAUGGAUUCUGCAAGAAAUAUUCAUAAUACUUACUUUAACUUCUACACGGCGUUAGCCUGCCCACCUGUUCCAGUUGAUUGCCAAGUCACUGAUUCUGAUGGCAAUGAAUACGAUCUGAGUGACUUGAGCAGAGACCAUGAACCCUGGAUUGCCCUGGAUACAACAACAGAUGCCAAAAAAAGAACUUUCUAUCUCAAUGUUUGCAGGCCACUUCCCUAUAUACCUGGAUGUCCAGCUGGCAUACUGGGAGCUUGUGUGAAAUAUGCUGAUAAAAGCCAAAAUCUUGGUGUCAUUCAAAUAAGUCCUCAGGCUGCCACCGAUGGAUCCCUUACUAUUGUGUAUUUAAGUGGAGACAUAUGCAAAGAUAAACUACAGUACUCAACCCGGAUAAUUUUCCAGUGUGAUCAAGCUAUGGGAUCACCAGUGUUUCAAUAUGAAAAGGACUGUGAGUUUGUGUUUCUCUGGAGAACACUAGCAGCUUGCCCUGUGCACAGAGCAGAAGGUGAGAACUGUCAAGUGAAAGAUCCAAGAUAUAGUUAUGUAUAUAACUUGUCACCACUUCGUGGGAAUGACAUUAAAGUCAGCACCGAAGAAUAUGACUACUACUUUAGAAUUUGUGAUGGAUUAAGAACAGGGCUUUGCAAACAAUCAAGCAACAAUGAAGAUGUUGUGUCAUCAUGUCAAAUUAAAAAACAAGACCCACGUGCUAAAAAAAUAGCAGGUUUGCAGACUGAAAAACUGACAUAUGAAAAUGGAUUGCUUAAGAUAAACUACACUGGUGGGGACAUAUGUCACAAGGUGUUUAACAGAUCAACAGCCAUAUUUUUCUACUGUGAUCCUAAUCCUAAUUUGCAGCCAGUAUUUCUGAAGGAAACCGAAGAUUGCACCUAUAUGUUUGAAUGGCACACUCCUUUUGCCUGCCCACCUGCCAAAUCUGUUGAAUGCUCCUAUAAAGAUAGUGCUGGCUAUUCCUACGAUCUCUCUCCUCUGACCCAACAAAAGAAAAACUGGGAGGCUAUUUCAAAGACUAGCUCUUCACAGAAAUACUACAUCAAUGUUUGUAGAUCAUUAGUACCUCAUGUUGGAGCUGAUUUUUGUCCCCCAGAUGCUGCAGCCUGCCUAAGGAAUGGUUCUAAGUAUAUAAGCUUAGGUGAAGUGGCUGAGGGGCUGAGAUGGGAAAAUGGUGUUUUUGUUCUUAAAUAUAUAAAUGGUGAGAAGUGUGAAGACCAUAUCCGGAAGAAAUCUGCAAUCAUCCAUUUCAAAUGUGAUGAAAAGAAAGAUAAUUCCAAUCCAGAAUUGGUAACAGCCCAUAUGGAUUGUGAAUAUAAUUUUAUGUGGUAUACAGCUGCUGCAUGUCCUCUGAAAAGCAAUAUGCACAAUAAUUGCACUGUGUCUAACCCUCGUACAGGUCAUCUCUUUGACCUUAAUCCUUUAAAGAGACAGGCUGGCUACACUCUCUCUGAUUUUGGGAACCAAAGAAUGUUCCAGUUGAGUGUGUGUGAUGAACCCAACACUUCAUGUGGUGGAGGCAUUGGAGUUUGCAUCACGGGUGGCCAUCAGCCAUCAAUUAAUGCUGGACAACUAAGCAAAGCAUUAACCUAUGAAGAUGGAGUUUUGAAACUUGUCUACAAAGAAGGCGAGUCCUGUCCUGCAGAUCCUGUUUUGAAGUACACAAGCUAUUUCACCUUUGUAUGCAGGUUGGAUGCUGGGCCCGGCAGUCAGCCGGUUCUCAUUUCUUUUGAUGAGAAAACAUGCACUUAUUUUUUCUCUUGGCAUACUGUUUUAGCCUGUGAAGAAGAAAGAGUGGUAGACUGCUCUGUUACCAAUGGCAGCAGAGUAAUUGACCUUUCCCCUUUAAUCCAUUGGACAAGUGCUUAUGAGAUAUUUGAUGACUUUUCUGACCAGAAUCCAGAUUUCUAUAUAAAUAUUUGCCAACCAUUAAAUUCCAUCAAGGAUGUCAGUUGUCCACCUGGAGCAGCUGUCUGCAUGAUCCCAUUUAAUGGCUCUCCUGUAGAUAUUGGUCGAAUCACAGCACCUCCUCAGCUCAACAGUGCAACAAAUGAAGUUAAUAUUGCCUUCAACAGUACCACUCCUUGUCCAGAAGAUAAAAAUAUCAACUAUUCUUCCCUUAUUGUGUUUCACUGCAAAAAAGGAACAAAUCUGGGGAAGCCCAGAAUGAUAGAAAAGUCCGGCUGUGAAUAUAUAUUUGAAUGGAGCACCCCAGUGGUAUGCCCUGAUGAAGAGAAUGUUUUGGGCUGCUCUGUCAUGGAUGAACAGUUACACUAUGCUUUCAACCUGUCAAGCCUUGCAGGAAAGCCCUAUAAGGUUCCUUCUGGACGUAGGAGCUACCAUCUUGGGGUAUGUUCAGAAGCAGCAGAUAUACCUCAAGGAAAAUGCAAAGACGCUGCAGUUUGUCUUAUCUCUGGCAGUAAUGCCAUCUCAUUUGGCAACAAAAAAGAAAUAAAAUUGGACUACAGGCAUCAAGAUGAAGCUGUUUUCUUGCAAUAUAAGGGUGGUGAUAAAUGUCCUCCAGUGACUGAAAAGGGUGAGCUUUGUGUCUUCCCUUUCCAGUAUAAUGGUAAAAGUUAUGACAGGUGCAUAGCGGAGGGACAAGAGCGUCCAUGGUGUGCCACAACUGAUAACUUAGGGAGAGACCAAAAAUGGGGAUUCUGUGUAAAUGAAGCUGGACAGCGUGAAUCUACUAUUAUUUUUAAGUGUGAUGAAAAUGGUAAUAGCGGAAGUCCUCAGUUGUUGAGUGAGACCCUUGGCUGCUCUGUCACAUUUGAAUGGAGGACACAGCUUCUAUGUCCUCCAAGGAAAAUGGAAUGCAAGUUUAUUCAGAAGCACAAAACUUACGAUUUGAGAAUACUUUCCUCACUCACAGGCUCAUGGGUCUUCGCAGACAAGGGCAGCUCUUACUACAUGAACCUUUGUCAGAGAGUCCAUGAAGGACCCUCAGGCUGUCCUGACAGGGCAAGUGUUUGCCGACGUAAUCAGAAUGGUGCUGUCCAAGUUCUGGGGUUAGUUCAUACGCAAAAACUUAAUAUUACAGGUGACAAAGUUCUUGUCAGCUACUCCAAUGGUCAUGAAUGUCCACAGAGGAACAAAAAGGCAACAACGGUGAUAGAGUUGAAAUGUGGAAAAACUGUUGGGUUGCCAAGAUUCAACAGGAUUGAUGAAGAAAAUUGUGCCUAUUAUAUUACCUGGGAAACUCGAGCUGCUUGUGCUGUGAAACCUCAAGAAGUAAAGAUAGAGAAUGGCACAGUUAUAAAUCCAGAGACAGGAAAGAAUUUCAGUUUGGGUAAUAUUUAUUACAAAUUAUACAAUGCAUCAGGAGAUUUCAGAACAAAUGGGGACAAAUACAUUUAUGAGAUUCAGCUUUCUGCUAUCACUGGUUCAAAGAAUCCAGAGUGCAUAGGAGCUAACAUCUGUCAAGUUAAAAUAUCAGAUAAACGUAUUCGUAGAGUUGGAUCAUCAAAAAAAGCUCACUAUUAUAUUCAAGAUGAUGUUUUGGAUCUUGUGUUUGUCUCUGACUCCACAUGUGGCAGAGAUUCCCAAAAAUCUGUGUCCUCAACUAUUGUCUUCCACUGUGAUAAAGAUGCUGAAGAAGGCAUCCCAGAAUUUCUUCAUGAAUCAAUGGACUGCCAGUACUUAUUCACCUGGUACACCUCGGCGGUUUGCCAGUUGGUUAGCUCUGAAACAACAAAUGAUGGAAAGUAUGUGGAAGAUUUUUCUAAAGGCCUUUCAGGAAGAAGCCAAGCAGUUGGAGCACUAUUGAGUUUACUUCUUGUGAUUCUCACAGCAUGUCUUGUGAUCCUGUUACUUUACAAAAAAGAAAGAAGAGAAUCUAUGAAGCAGAAGAUAGUCAACUGCUGUCGGAGAUCAUCAAAUGUUUCUUAUAAAUAUACUAAGAUAAAUACUGAAGAAGUAAAUGAGAAUGAAACAGAAUGGCUCAUGGAAGAAGUAGCUACACCCAAUCACAGUUCAGGAAACGAAGCACACAUAAAUGGCCACGUAGCACGAAAGGCAGCCAUGUCAGAUACCCUCAUGUCCCUUCCGGUGGAUGACAUGGACAGCGAGGAUGAAGUAUUGACAAUACCAGAGGUGAAGAUUCAUUCAGCAAAAGAUGUUGAUUCAAGAGGCUUGAGCAGCACUAUAAGGCCUUAUCAUAACAAAGCUUAUAAGCCUUCAGGCAGUGGAAAAACUGCACUGCCUAACGGAAGGAAGAAUAGCAAAACCAGCCCCACUUUUGGUCAAGAAGAAAUGCAGAAUUCCAUGAACAUUGCAUCAUACCAUGAUGAUAGCGAUGAGGACUUGUUGAACGUUUAACCUGCAAUUGUGCCUAAUGAAAAUUCCAUAUGUGUAUAUGUAUAUUAAAUAUAUUAAGGUGGGACAGCAAAACACUUCCAACCAAAAAAACGAAGACUUGAGUUGCAGAUGCCUUUAGCAAGGGAUUGUUUCAAGGGAAGGGGAGAAAGGGUCAGUCCUAGUUGUUUACAAUGAUUAGUGACAGCUGGGUUUCUAGCAUUCAGUGAAUGAAAUAAAGGUAAUUCUCCUUAGCUAGAACACUCACACAUAUCCCUUGGGAAGGUUUUAGAAACUAUCAUAUUUUACAAUGAUGGGCUCAAAUCCAAAUGAAGUCCUUUCCGCUUCAUUGUGAGACUUGCAUUUUAACACACUUUAUAUUUAUUGCUCUCACUACUCAGGUUCACUGAAAAAAAAUUUGUUCUUCCUGCAGGCAGGGUAUUUUCUUCUGUAGAUUCACCCAUCUCAUUAGGUUGGGUUUCUUUGGUGUACAUCUUGGAGCUGGUCUGUAUCUUGAAUUUGCCUGUAUAUUUGAUUUCUGUAAUCUUAUUCAAUUAAAAUGAUUUGAUUUGAUUUGAAAAAUGUUUUAGCUGGAAGAUAUAAAUCCUAUAGCUUUAGCCUUGAGCUGUGGCUGUCCUUUGCAUGUUAAGUCUGUUUUUUGGUACCAGUCAUAUAAUGUCGUUCAUCAGUGUUUACAAGACUGUUGGUAUAGCAACCCAGUGCUAUCCUUCAACAUUAGCUGGGCAAAAAAUAAUAGAGUAUGCCCUUUCCCAAAGACCCUUUCAGGUUAGAUACUAAUGCUUGUAGCUUUUUCUCGCCAACUGUUGUUGUGAUGAAAAAACACGUGUACCUUUUUCCGAAUGCUGUCUCUCAUCAGAAGCUUAAACAAUAUUUUUUUUUCCUUCUUGGGAAAUUGCCAACUAAUUCCAGAUCAAACUAGCGUAUCAGCUUUAUUGCCCUACAAUUUUUUAUCGCUGUUUUAAAGCCGCAGCCUUGCAGAACAUGGGCACACUAAGGUUUUGGUACUAGGUGCAUUUCCUUUGAAAGGUAAAACUCUUCGGAUAUUGUCACCGAACUCCAUCAUUGUUACAUGCUGCAACAAUUAACCUUAAGGGAAAGAUGGAACAAGUUCUUCUUGCAGUAUUUAGCAUCUUAGUGCUUUUUAAGAGGCUCAUGGCCAACAUGUGAGUUUCUAAGAACUGUGCACCAGUAUUUAGGCUGGUCAGAGGCUCUUCCUUCAUUCCUCCUUUCUACCUUGUACUGUUUGCCUUGGAGUACUUAAGAUUGGCUUCCUCUUGGUACCUGGAUUUGAUGUAACAAAGUGUUUAAAGAAUUUCAAUAAAUAAAAAUUAAAUUAUGUUUCUGUA